AUGUUUCAAGAAAGAGAUACAAAUCGAAUUUCAAGAAAUUUCCAGGUCAAACAUGAAAUGUUUUUCACUAAACACUUUGAGAAAAGAAUUUAUUUGGGAACAAAGAAUUGGUCGAAAGAAGGAAAGUUAGAAUUGAUGAAACAACAAGUUGAGCAGAGCGAAAAAAUAUUUUAUUUGGGAUGGAUUGCUACAAGUUCUUCAAAGGCUUUAAGAGUUGUAAAGCUUGUUGAAACAUACACAGCCCAGCUAUAA